AAAACACACUGUGGCAAAAAGCGGGAGCAGACUACUGUGCACCCAUGGGCCCUGAUUUGGACUCCAGAGCUCAGACACACCGCAGAACUGACCCCGCCCUGCAACAGUCGGAGGACACACUGGUCUGGGGCAGGGCCUGUGAAGCCUGAGGGGCUUGCAGGACCAUGGCGCUGCUCUGGGACCCCGCAGGACUCUGGCUGGUGGUGGCCCUGGCCGUGGCGAUGGGCCCGAGCCCGGGCGUGGCAGGGCCGUGGCAGGACUGCACGGGUGUCCAGUGUCCACUGCUGGAGAACUGCAUCGAGGAGGCGCUGGAGCCGGGCGCGUGCUGCGCCACCUGCGUGCGGCACGGCUGCGCCUGCGAGGGCUACCAGUACUACGACUGUGUGCAGGGCGGCUUUGUGGACGGCCGUGUGCCCGCCGGGCAGUCCUACUUCGUGGACUUCGGCAGCACCGAGUGCUCCUGCCCGCCAGGUGGUGGCAAGAUCAGCUGCCAGUUCAUGCUGUGCCCCGAGCUGCCGCCCAACUGCAUCGAGGCUGUGGUGGCAGCCGACAGCUGCCCACAGUGUGGUCAGGUGGGCUGCGUCCACUCCAGCCGGAAAUACCCUGCCGGCCACACCGUCCACCUGUCAGCCUGCCGGGCGUGCCACUGCCCUGACGCUGGCGGGGAGCUCAUCUGCUACCAGCUUCCCGGCUGCCAUGGGAACUUCUCGGACACUGAGGAGGGGGACCCUGAGCGACACUAUGAAGAUCCCUACAGCUACGACCAGGAGGUGGCCGAGGGGGAGGCUGUGUCGGCGCUGGUGGGUGAGGCCCAGGCCGGGGCAGGGGCUGCCCCAGCUGCCCUGGGCGGCGGGAUCCAGCUGCAGUCCACCAUGCAGGCGACUCCCUGGCCGGCGGCCCUCCCCCGGCCCACAGCGGCUGCUGCCUUGGGUCCCCCGGCUCCUGUGCAGGCCAAAGCCAGGAGAGUGACAGAGGACACUGAGGAGGACGAGGAGGAGGAGGAGGAGGGAGGGGAGGGGGAGGAGGAAGAAGAAACAGCGGUCACUGAGCAGCUGGCAGCAGGUGGCCCCAAGGUGCUGGGUGGCCUGCCCACCAUGGCCCCAGCCAGGCCCAGCCUCGCUGUCCUGGAGCAGGGGGCAGAAGCCAAGGCAAGGCCUGAGGAGAACCUCAUCCCGGAUGCACAAGCCACCCCUCACAGCGCUGGGAAGGAGGGCCCUGCGCCCCUGCCUCGGUCAGGCCCAGCUCAUGGCGUCCCGUCCUGGGCUACACUGAGCCCUCCCGAGGGUCCCGUCAAACCCAGCACCCACCCCAUCCUGGCCAUACCGCUGCACCAGGAGGCCCAGGUCCUGCCCACCCUGGGUGUGCCCAAGCUCCAGCCAGCGCCACCCCGUUCCCGGGCAGAGGAGGACGCAGACCCCAACUCUGUCCAUUCUGUCCCCAGGGGCAGCCCUGAAGGCUCCACCAAGGACCUGAUCGAGUCGUGCUGCGCGGCGGGGCAGCAGUGGGCCAUCGACAACGACGAAUGCACAGAGAUGCCCGAGAGCGGCGCCCAGGGCGACGUGUGCAGGACAGCCCAGAGGCAAUGCUGCGUGUCCUACCUGAAGGAGAAGAGCUGUGUGGCCGGCGUGCUGGGAGCCAAGGAGGGCGAGGCCUGUGGGGCUGAGGACAAUGACACCUGCAGUGUGUCCCUAUACAAGCAAUGCUGCGACUGCUGUGGCCUGGGGCUCCAUGUGCGGGCUGAGGGCCAGCCGUGUGAGUCCAACCCCAACCUGGGCUACCCCUGCAACCAUGUCAUGCUUUCCUGCUGUGAGGGCGAGGACCCCCUCAUCGUGCCCGAGGUCCGCCGGCCUCCAGAGCCCGAGGCUGCGCCGCGCAGAGUUUCAGAGCCGGAGAUGGGAAGCCGGGAGGCCCUGUCGCUGGGCACAGAGGCUGAGCUGCCCAACAGCCUGCCCGGUGAUGAUCAGGAUGAGUGCCUGCUGCUGCCAGGAGAGCUGUGCCAGCAUCUGUGCAUCAACACGGUGGGAUCCUACCGCUGCACCUGCUUCCCCGGCUUCGCGCUGCAGGACGACGGCCACACCUGCCGCCCAGACAGGACAGCCCCACAGCCAGGGGCCACACGGGAGUCUGCGCCGGGACCCGGGCCAGCCCAGGCGGCCCCCAACACCAUCCCGCUGCCCCUGCCACAGCCUAACACCUGCAAAGACAACGGGCCCUGCAGGCAGGUGUGCAGCGUCAUCGGGGGCUCGGCCAUGUGCUCCUGCUUCCCCGGCUACGCCAUCAUGGCCGACGGCGUGUCCUGCGAAGACCAAGACGAGUGCCUGCUGGGCACUCACGAUUGUAGCCGGCGCCAGUUCUGUGUGAACACCCUGGGAUCCUUCUCCUGUGUCAACCACACAGUGCUCUGCGCUGAGGGCUAUAUCCUCAACGCGCACAGGAAGUGCGUGGACAUUAACGAGUGCGUGACGGACCUGCACACGUGCAGCCGGGGCGAGCACUGCGUGAACACGCUGGGCUCCUUCCGCUGCUACAAAGCCCUCACCUGCGAGCCAGGCUACGUCCUCAAGGAUGGGGAGUGCGCAGACGUGGACGAGUGUGCCAUGGGCUCGCACACCUGCCAGCCAGGCUUCUCAUGCCAGAACACCAAGGGCUCCUUCUACUGCCAGGCCCGGCAGCGCUGCAUGGAGGGCUUCCUGCAAGACCCUGAGGGCAACUGCGUGGACAUCAACGAGUGCACGUCGCUACCCGAGCCCUGCCGCCCCGGCUUCAGCUGCGUCAACACGGUGGGCUCCUACAGGUGCCAGAGGAACCCGCUGGUGUGCAGGCACGGGUACCACGCCAGCGAGGACGGGGCGCAGUGCGUGGACGUGAACGAGUGCGCCACGGGCGUGCACCGCUGCGGCGAAGGCCAGGUCUGCCACAACCUGCCCGGCUCCUACCGCUGUGACUGCAAGGCCGGCUUCCAGCGGGAUGCCUUCGGCCGCUCCUGCAUCGACGUGAACGAAUGCUGGACCUCGCCGGGCCGCCUGUGCCAGCACACGUGCGAGAACACGCUGGGCUCCUACCGCUGCUCCUGCGCCACCGGCUUCCGGCUGGCCGAGGACGGCAAGCACUGCGAAGAUGUGAAUGAGUGUGAGACCCAGCGCUGCAGCCAGGAGUGUGCCAACAUCUAUGGCUCCUACCAGUGCUACUGCCGUCAGGGCUACCAGCUGGCAGAAGACGGGCACACCUGCAUAGACAUUGAUGAGUGUGCACAGGCCGCUGGCAUGCUCUGCACCUUCCGAUGCCUCAAUGUACCUGGGAGCUACCAGUGCACAUGCCCAGAGCAGGGCUACACCAUGAUGGCCAACGGCAGGUCCUGCAAGGACCUGGACGAGUGUGCGCUGGGCACACACAACUGCUCGGAGGCUGAGACCUGCCACAACCUUCAGGGCAGCUUCCGCUGCCUGCGUUUUGAGUGCCCUCCCAACUACGUCCGGGUGUCUGAAACGAAGUGCGAGCGCACCACAUGCCACGACCUGGUGGAGUGCCAGAGCUCGCCAGCGCGCAUCACCUACUACCAGCUCAACCUCCAGACUGGCCUGCUGGUGCCCGCGCACAUCUUCCGCAUCGGCCCCGCGCCAGCCUUCGCGGGAGACACCAUCUCGCUGACCAUCACCCGGGGCAACGAGGAGGGCUACUUCCGCACGCGCCGGCUCAAUGCCUACACCGGCGUGGUCUCGCUGCAGCGGCCGGUGCUGGAGCCCCGGGACUUCGCCCUGGACGUGGAGAUGAAGCUGUGGCGCCAGGGCUCCGUCACCACCUUCCUGGCCAAGAUGCACAUCUUCUUCACCGCCCUUGCGCCCUAGGCUCCAGGGCCGCGCACCCUCCGUGUGCCGUGUGUCCGUGCACGGUCUUGAACUCUGUAAAUUAACUAAAUGCGCUCUUGGUUUCCGGGCUUCUCCUGCACCCCGAGGGCGGGAGCUUGUUAGCGGGAGGUCCGUCUCAGAAGUUUGAGGUCACCGCGGUGCGCUGCAGGUGGGGACCGAGGCCCGAGGAUGGUGACUGCGGAUCCACACAUGUUGGGGCUUCUGGACUCAACUGGGUGACCGGCUCCACAGUUGACUUCCGUUUCAUGAUCCACUGUGAUUAGUUCUCUACUUUUUUUUUUUUUUUAAAAAAUCAUUUUAAAGGGUUUUUAUGGUUUAAUUAUAAAAGUAGCACAUGUACACUGUAAAAACAAUCAAAUAGUACGAGAGGGUUAUAAAGAAAAAAAAAAUCAAA